UGGAGACUGGCACCGCGGCUGUGUGAAGGGGGAGAGGCUGGGAAAAGAAGGCAGCGCAAGCGAGGGAGAGCUUCACCGUUUGUGGCCCUCUGUCCCCUCGUCCUCCUCAAUUCCUGCAAACAACACAUCGCCCUAACCGAUAACAAGAACACUGCACGAGCGAACGACAUCGCGCGCCCGAGACGGCAUCGCUUUAGCUUCUGAAAAGGAGAGAUAUCUAUGAUCCAGAUGUCAUGAAGAGAUAAUAUCAAUAACAGAUCUUCAGAUUCAUCCAGCCAGUCUACAGUAACUAAACGAAAGUGGAUUCCCUGAUACCCUUCAUUUGCUUGUCUGAACUUCAUAUUUUUGCUUUCACUCAUCCACUGCUAUAAAUGAGUGUCUCCGAAAGCGAGAUCAGGGCUGGGGCACAAACCAGAACCCACACAGAAUGUCCUGGAUUAACGGCUUCCUAGUGGCCAGAGUGGAUGAUCGCAAGGCCGCUUGGGGCGAGCGCAAUGGCAAGAAGUCCAAGCGCAAGGUUGGCUCCUCUCUCUGCAACCCACGCUACAUGAGCUGCCUGCGGGACGUGGAAGCCAUGGAGCCCCCUCCCCAGCCGCCGCAAGCCCAUGCCACCUGGUCUGGAGGAGGAGGGGGAGUUGGAGGUACCAGCGGGAGCAACUUCAGAGUGCGAUGUGGAUGGCAGGAAGACCAUUACGGUAAAGUGGGGGGUGGGGGGGAAGGAGUGGGGCUUAAAUCUGUGGACCUGGGUUUUGAGGAUGGAGAGGUGAAGGGAAGGAAAAGGGGCGGUGCGGGGUGCGAAGGCUCCAGUGAGGACACGGUCAGCGGUGUGGGGUCAGUAACAGCGGCUGACUGCUGGCAACGGGUGGUGCGCGUGUUCCAGUCCAAGAAGUUUCAGUCUCGCAAACUGGAGUGUCUCUACCAGCGCUACUUCUUCAGGCUCAACCAGAGCUCCCUCACAAUGCUGAUGGGUGUGUUGGUGAUUGUUUGUGGGGUCAUGUUGACCUUCCACUGCAUCCACGGGCCACCCAACGUGGUCUACGCCUCUGUGCUCUCUGUGGCGAUGACCCUCUUCUUGGCACUAAUGGUGGUGUGCAACCGAAACGGGUUUCACCAGGACUACAUGUGGAUGGUCAGCUACCUUGUGAUUGGAGUGCUUAUUGUGGUGCAGGUGUUUGGGGUGCUGAUGGUGGCCCCUCGCAGCGCCUCGGAAGGCAUCUGGUGGUCCGUAUUCUUCAUUUACAUCAUCUACACGUUGCUACCGGUGCGGAUGAGGGCGGCAGUGCUCAGUGGAGGAGUGCUCUCCUCCAUACACCUCCUCACCACGUGGAGGAUUAAUCAGGAUGAUGAGUUCCUCUGGAAACAGCUGAGCGCGAACGUGCUGAUCUUCCUGUGCACCAAUAUUAUCGGGACCUGCACGCACUACCCGGCGGAGGUGUCUCAGAGACAGGCCUUUCAGGAGACGAGAGGCUACAUCCAGGCCCGACUGCACCUGCAGAGAGAAAACCAACAGCAGGAACGCCUGUUGCUCUCUGUUUUGCCAAGGCAUGUAGCCAUGGAAAUGAAGGCUGACAUCAAUGCUAAGAAAGAAGACAUGAUGUUCCACAAGAUCUACAUCCAGAAACACGAUAAUGUCAGUAUUCUGUUUGCAGACAUUGAGGGUUUUACGAGUCUGGCAUCACAGUGCACUGCACAGGAGCUGGUCAUGACUCUGAAUGAGCUGUUUGCCCGCUUUGACAAGCUGGCCUCAGAGAACCACUGCUUACGGAUUAAGAUCCUGGGGGAUUGUUACUACUGUGUGUCAGGGUUACCUGAGCCCAGAGCCGAUCACGCUCACUGCUGUGUGGAAAUGGGAGUGGACAUGAUUGAAGCCAUCUCGUUGGUGCGUGAGGUCACAGGGGUCAAUGUAAACAUGCGAGUGGGCAUCCAUAGUGGCCGUGUGCAUUGUGGAGUUCUUGGAUUGAGGAAGUGGCAGUUUGACGUGUGGUCCAAUGAUGUUACGUUAGCUAACCACAUGGAGGCUGGCGGCAAAGCUGGGAGAAUUCACAUCACUAAAGCGACUUUACAGUACCUGAAUGGAGACUAUGAGGUGGAACCAGGUUUUGGGGGGGAUAGGAAUGCCUACUUGAAAGAAAACAGCAUUGAGACCUUCCUAGUACUGGGCUGCAGUCAGAAACGGAAAGAGGAGAAGGCCAUGAUGGCUAAGAUGCAACGCACACGGACAAACUCUAUGGAGGGUCUGGUGCCACGAUGGGUUCCUGACAGAUCUUUCUCCAGGACUAAAGACUCCAAAGUCUUCAGACAGAUGGGUAUCGAUGAAACUACCAGCAAAGACAACCGUAGUGCUCAAGAGGCUUUGAACCCAGAAGACGAGGUGGAUGAGUUUUUGGGGCGUGCCAUCGAUGCUCGCAGUAUUGACCAGCUCCGCAAAGACCACGUGAAUAAGUUCAUUCUCACCUUCCAAACCUCCAGUCUGGAGAAGAAGUAUGCUAAGAAGGUAGACGAUCGUUUCGGAGGUUAUGUGGCCUGCACACUGCUGGUCUUCUGUUUCAUCUCCUUUAUUCAGAUCAUCAUAUUCCCACAUACACUGGUCAUGCUGGGGAUUUACAUCAGUAUCUUCGUCAUUCUUUCCAACAUCCUCUUCAUCUGUGCCAUUUACUCCUGUGUGAAGCUCUUCCCUGCUGCUAUGCAGACUGUUUCAAAGAAGAUUGUUCAGUCUCGCACCAACAGCACACUGGUGGGAGUUUUCAGCAUCAUCCUCGUCUUCAUCUCUGCCUUUGUCAAUAUGUUUUCCUGUGACACAGAGUAUCUGGUGGACUGUGUAGCAGAACAGUUUAACUGGUCAUCGUCAGAGAUGGUGACUCCCUGUGUCAUUCACAACCUGUCUCGCUCUGCAUUGGACGGUCUAGAUAUCUGUCCCAGCAACACUCCCUCCUGCCCUUUUCCUGAGUAUUUCAGCUACAGUGUGCUGCUGACGCUGUUGGCCUGCUCAGUGUUCCUGCAGAUCAGUAGUAUUGGGAAGCUGGCUUUAAUGCUGCUCAUCCAGCUCAUCUUCCUGCUUCUUGUGGAGUGGCCAGAGGUGGCACUGUUUGACAACGCUGACCUCUUCGUAACUGCCAACGUGCUCAUUUUCAAUGACACACUGCAAUGGUCCAAUCUUAGUGCAACUACUGAUCAGUGUCCUUUCAGGGUGACUAAAGUGUCCCUAAAGGUCAUGACCCCAGUGAUCCUCACUGUGUUUGUACUGGCACUGUACCUACAUGCCCAGCAAGUGGAGUCAACAGCCCGUCUAGACUUCCUCUGGAAACUUCAGGCCACAGAAGAGAAGGAGGAAAUGGAGGAACUUCAAGCCUACAACCGCCGGCUCCUCCACAACAUCCUGCCCAAAGAUGUGGCCGCCCACUUUCUAGCCCGAGAGCGGAGGAAUGACGAGCUGUACUACCAGUCGUGUGAGUGUGUGGCCGUCAUGUUCGCCUCCAUCAGCAACUUCUCUGAGUUUUACGUGGAGCUGGAGGCCAACAACGAGGGAGUGGAGUGUCUGAGGCUCCUCAAUGAGAUCAUCGCUGAUUUUGACGAGAUUAUAAGUGAGGAGAAAUACAGGCAGCUAGAGAAGAUAAAGACCAUUGGCAGCACCUACAUGGCCGCAUCCGGCCUCAACGACUCCACCUAUGACAAAGAAGGCCGCUCGCAUAUUACCGCCCUCGCCGAUUACGCCAUGCAUCUCCGUGAACAGAUGAAGUACAUUAAUGAGCAUUCCUUCAACAACUUCCAAAUGAAGAUUGGACUGAACAUCGGUCCAGUGGUUGCAGGAGUUAUUGGAGCCAGGAAGCCCCAGUAUGAUAUCUGGGGAAACACCGUUAACGUGGCCAGUCGAAUGGACAGUACAGGUGUCCCAGACCAUAUUCAGGUGACCACAGACCUGCACCAGGUAUUGGCCAGUAAAAGUUACCAGCUGGAGUGUCGAGGCAUCAUAAAGGUCAAAGGCAAGGGUGAGAUGACCACUUACUUCCUGAACAACGGACCUCCCAACAGUUAGCAGCGCACUAGCAUUCCUUUGGACUCCCACAGUUCCCCAGUGAGGAGGAUUGCACACGGCAACCAGAAGACAAACAAGUAGCCAUCGCCAUCACUUGAAGAAAAACUAACAAAACAAGAAAGAUUAUUGAAGAAACAAACAAACAAAAAAACAAGGAAAAUAACAAGACUCCAGAUUGGAGAAUCGUGAUGGGGCAGUCAUGGAAAAUGGCGGUGCAACUUGAAGGAAGAUCGUUUCCGUUUUAAAGCCUCAGGCUGCUUGAAAGAUGCAAAGUCUGUUUAUUUAAUAAAGGCCUUUAUUAUUCGCCGAAGAAAAUCGCUGUACAUAAGGCACCUUCUUGUUUUAUUUUCGUGUGACAUUUUUUUCCUCUGUUAUUUUUAUUUCAGGAGAAUAUAAAUACAGGUACUCAUGUUUAGUUUUUUUUAUUUCCUUAUUUAUUUUGAUCUUGAUAUUUCAUGCAAAAAGUCCUUAAUGGUAAAAUGUGUGGAAAUAAAGCAUACACAUUUAUACCAUACAUGUAAACAUGUGUGCCUGUAUAUUUGUGUGUACAAAUACAGUAUCUGUAUCAAUUAAGAAGAGAACUAUUGACCAAAGACCAAAUUAUUUAAUAGAAAAGCAGUUGUCAAAACCUUUGGAAAAGUUUUGAAUAUUAUAUAAUGCUCUGAUGUCCUCGCCCCUCUGUUUUUUGGCCAUUUUAUCAUUGUAAGUAAAAUACACUGAUUUAACUGACCAGCAAUUUUGGUGACCAACAUGAUCUGUUCUUGAUCAAAUGAAGGACUGAAUUAAUUAAACGUACAGUCUUGUUUUCUCAAAAUAACAUUGAGAUGGAAAAGAUGAUGUGUUCUUCUUGAAGAUUUUGACUUCAGUUUUGUUUUGUGCGUUUCCGCCAUUUCUUCUUUUUAAAAAGAAGUAUUUUUGGUACAAAAUGAAAUAAAAGGGAAAAAAAUGUUGUUGUUUUUGGAGGGGAAAAGCCACAGCAUUGGAUACCACGGUACAAGACAGUUCAUCGCGUUCCAAUUCAUUAUACAAGGACUUUUUUAAAAACGGGAGAAAUAUAUCUAUAAAUUAUGACUGAAUACUGUGCUUUGUAAUCUCGAAGGGGCAUAACUCUUUUCACUGUGAGGUUUCUAUGAUACGACAAGCUGCUUUCUUGCCAAACUAAACAGCUCAAAAGCAUGUCUGAUUGUGGUAUCUUCUCUACGAUUUUUGUUUGUUUGUUUGAUUCCCUGUAGUUUUACUGUUUUGGUAUUUUGUAUCACCUCUGUAUCCAUUUUUUUAUUUAUUUUUUUUAUUCCUUUUAUGGUUGUUCUCUGUUUGAUUAUGAUUCCAUUCCAGCAGAAGAGAGGGAACAAAGACUUGAUUUGAGAUGUUCAAGUACUGUAUGUUGGUACUAUCCAAUCAACUGCAGUCAGUGACUUAUAACAACCAGUAUUCCCACCAUUGCUUGUUAUGCUUCAUAUCAGUGAACAAACAUCUCUUUAGGAAAACGUCGAGAGAAAUGAGAACAUAUGGUUCAGACAGGCACCAAAACUCAGAUUUGUUUUAUUUUUAUUUUUUUUAAGGCGUAGGCUACUCGACUCAAGUAUGCUUAAUUGUCUGUAGUGAUAAGCCGAGGUCACACUGGGCUUUGAGCAUGCAAAAUUAUUUUGAACAUUGUAACGGACAGGAUAUGAAGUCACGCUCGAGGGCUUAUAGUUUUAAUUAAAUAACAUUGCAAAUAAUAUUAUUUUCAAAAUGUUCCAUCCACUGACUUUCCUGUAACAAUAAAAAAACACAGAUUUUUUAAAUGUUUACUUUAUAUUAAGCCAAGCAUUCAGUGUGUGAGGUUUGGACCUUACGUGCACAGCUAAAUGUACUCACUUGAGCUUGCGGUUCCGGUUCCGGUCUCCCAUGUUUGGAUGCAAUUGAAUGAGUGAAUAAUAAUGAGUCUAAAGUGUAGUCUGACUGCUGCAAUAGACCGUUAUAUCACCUUAGCCAAUAAAUUGGACAAAUUUUUGCUAUUUUC